AUGUUUCAACAGCAGCAACGUAAUUCCCACCCUUCUCCUGUUGAGGUGGCAAGGGGAGGAGCUUCGCGGGCAUCCGACCCAUGGGGGUUCCCGAGUGAAUGCGGCUCAAACACGUUGAUGACAUACUACACCGCGUCACUUCCCCCUUCCGAUCCGCCCAUUGUGGAUUUCAGUGGCCAAUUUGCCGGAGAUGCCGCUUCCUCGUUGCAGCCUUGUAGUGGCUUUAAUCCGAGUCCCGUGACCACUUUAAUUGGUGGCGAUCCGCCACGUGAGGACCCGAAAUCGGCAUAUGGGAGAAAUAUUUAUGUGGCCAGCCUUCCAGCGGAUAUAACCGAUGAAAGGCUGAGGGCUCUCUUUGAGCCCUUUGGAAAAAUUCUCUCUGCCAAAACGAUGUCCCGUAAAAAUGGUGCCUGUUGCAGCGGAUACGGCUUUGUUCUGUUUGAACGUUCGGCGGAUGCUGCCCGGGCUCAAAUGGCGAUGAUUGGACACAUUGUUGAUGGUAACCGGAUUCAGGUGCGUCAGGCCCGGCCAUCGGCAUGCCAACAAAUCCUGAACGUUACGGCCUCGAGUCGAACCAGCAAACUGCCUCCAAAAAACACGCAAAUGUUGUCAGCUCCAGUGGCUGCUGCAGUGGUUCCUUCUGCUUGCCCCGUACCUCCAGGGAACUGCAGCCCGCAGUACAUCGCUGUCUCUCCAACGUUCUCUGUGGAUACAGCAUCAUCACCCCACGUGCCACCCUUGUCACCACUACCGCAGCUCCCCCUUAUUGUGCCACAACCGCAACCACAACCUUUGGUCUGCUUUAUGUUGCCAAUGCCCGUUACAAGUAAUUUUUGGUAG